AUUCAAGGAGGACGAGUUGCUUACAUUCUUAUAUUCAUUCAGGCUCUUUUCAGACGAGCAAGAGGCUUUCAAAAUUCUUGAUACUUAUUGUUUCAUUUUUCCUUGCAUAAUCACCAAUGUAGUAAAAAAUUAUUGGAGAUUAUCUGUAUUGUCCCCUCAGCUGAUUCUUCAAAAUUUCCUUUACAGAAUCUGAAGAAAGUGUGGUUUCCUCACUUAGUUCAUCUAAAAUUACUGUUUUCCCUUAUCAAGAAGUUCGCAAUGCAACUUCUAACUUUACAUGUCUUCAAAGAUUGACCAAGGAUCUUAUGGAUCUGUUUACCUUGGAAAGUUAAAGAGGAACUGAUGUGGCUAUCAAACAGAUGAAAAAUACCAAGUCAAAAGAGUUCUUAUCAGAGGUGAAUAUUCUUUGCAAAGUUCAUCAUUCAAACUUGGUAAGUUUGUAUGUGAUGUCCUGUCUGUUGGGAUUCACUUCAUUUCAGUUGUUGUUCUUUUUAUUUAUCCUUUGAUUUGCCUUUUUAUUUCUUCUAAACAGUUAAUUUUCUGUUCUCUUGUAAGUAUCAAUUAGAUUCAACUUAUUGGAUAUGCUGCUGGUGGAGACUCUUUGUUUCUCAUUUAUGAAUUUGCUGAAAAUGGUGCAUUGAGUGAUCACCUGCAUAGACCCACUGCAAGAGGUCAAUAUCUACUAACUUUUCUGUGGUUUACCCAUGCAAAAUCGAACUUUAGUAACUUUUUGUUUGGAAGCAGCCAUCACAGUAUCCCAGGCUGCAUGUUUGACCUCAGUAAAAUAGUUAUCCAGCUUUAUGUUUAGCCCGAUGACCUGGAAAUAACUGUUGUCAGAUUCCAUAACCUGUCCAUCUGUGCAUUGUGUGCUCACUCCCCCGACCCCACUUGGAUGCAUGGACCCCAUAAUGCUAUAUCUGUUGUACAUAAUAUUAUUAACAUACUAACUUGCAGCAUAUCAACAUGUCAUAACCUCCCACUUGGACUGCCAGAGUCCAAAUUGCACUUGAUGCUGCAAAAGGUCUUGUGUACAUACACAAGCACACAAGACCAUAUUGUGUUCAUCGAGAUGUGAAGACAAGCAAUAUUCUCUUAGAUGCUAAUUUUCAUGCAAAGGUUAGUUUUUGUGUGAAAUUUUUUUAGAAGUACAGACUAGUAACAUUUUAACAAUUACGAAUGAUCAGUACAUUUUUCCAAUUUUAGAUUCAUGGACUCAAUAUUUCUCCUGAAUGUUUUCUUAGACUCACAUACUCUGAAAAUUUUCUGGAUCAUAAUCCAUACAUAUGGUGCCUUCUCUUGGUCAAAAAGAAAAAAAAAAAAAAAGGAUCCAUACAUAAUGUUUGUUCUUGAUGAGAUUCUUCUUGAUCACUUAUGUUUUCUUGCUGCCUAAUAUUUAACUUCUCCCUAACAAAUAGGAGAUUUUGGACUGGUAAAAUUAUUGGAGCAUUCUCCAGAUGUUGGAGCUGCUACAUCUCAAAUUGUUGUUGGAACAUUUGGUUACCUUGCCCCUGGCACUAAGUAAAGAUGCAAGUCCUGGAAAUAAUCAACACAGUGAGCAUCACUUCUUGGUGAAUUAUAUGAUAUCGGCAUUGAAUGAUGCAGACAAUCCCAUGGCUGAACUCACUAAAUGCAUUGAUCCAAACCUCACCCACUACCAUAAAGACUCUGUCUUAAAGAUGGCACUGCUAUCAAAGGAUUGCGUAGAUGAGAACCAGAACCAGCAUCCAGACAUGUCAAUAGUUGUGCUCCGUCUUUCACAGAUCUUCAUGUCCUGUGAGGAAUGGAAGAACCAUCAAGACAGCCACACCAAAUUCUGAGUCUAAUGUUAGUUUUUUUGCUCAUAACCCUCUUACAUUUCCCCAGACUUCCAGAAAAUGGUAAAAUCUAAAUUGACAAAAAGGAAAAAUGGUUUUUCCAUCCCUUCCUCACCUUGUUCUGUGAGAGGGGUAUUAAUAAGCUUGAAUUUGUUGAUUGUCCCAUUCAGCCAGCCAACUUGAAUAUGCAACCAGAAGCCUACUCUCAUAUUUUGGAAAAAAGUGUACAAUACAACUGUUGUGUGUUUUUUGGUAUAACUGGUCAAUUAAGUGUAGACAUGUAAGAAAAAGUGAACUCCUUU